UCCAGGACCGCACAACGCCGUGCGAGCAGCGCCAGCCCGCCUCUUCCGUCCAGCGCACCUCGAGGUUCAGCCCCGUGGGCGCCGGCAUCAGGCGCCAUGCCAGGCGGUGGCGGCACCCCGCGGGAGGGGCCGGGACCCUCGUGGUCGCAGAUGAGCCCGUGGCAAAAGGGGAGGCACAUUGUCGCCAACGUGACGGUGGAGCCCAUCAUCAUCCUGUACUCCAUCCUCGGCGUGCUGUCGGGGCUCACCACCGAGAACCUCUUUGUGCAGAAAGCGUGCCGCGUCAGCCUCAACCACAGCGCAGGGCUUUGCGCUGACGUCGUGCAGAACGACACGGUGUAUCCGGAGGUAGCCAAGGUGGUUGCCAGCAUGCAGGUCUGGCAGGCGCCUCUGCAGACCGUAGUCCCCGUCAUCCUGGUCAUGUUCGCGGGGUCCUGGAUGGACAGGCGGCGGCGGCGCAAGCCCUUCCUCUUGGCGCCGCUCGUCGGGGGCCUCCUCUGCAGCACCGGGCUGCUGCUUUGCUCCACCUUCUUCGAUUGGCCACUCGAGGUCGGAGGCGCCAUCGCGGCCCUAGUCCCCUCGCUGUUCGGGGACCCACCCGUCGUCCUGCUGUCCAUCCUCUCGUACCUGGCCGCCGUCAGCGACAGCGAGGACAGGACUUUCCGCAUCGGUAUGGUGAGCACGGCGGCGUCUGCGGCCGCCACCGUCACCACCGCCGUGUCCGGCGUGGCGUACACCUCUCUGGGCUUCACGGGAGUCUACGUGCUCAACAUAGUGCUGUGCUGCCUGGGACUGGCCUACGCGCACUACAGGCUCACAGAGCCCGAGCCCCCUGUGCCGCGGCCGCCGGGAGUAAGCCUCCUGGCUGACUUUUUCAACUGGCACCACGUGAAAGAUACCGUCACCGUGAGUCUUAAGAAGAGGCCCGGCACGCGCCGCCUGCAGUUGUACAUGGUCGCCCUCCUCUACUUCGCACUCUUGGGCCCUGUUGUGGGGGAGUCGUCUGUAAUCUUCCUGUACCUAACGCAACGCUUCAAGUGGGAAACUCUCCAGGUUAGCGCCUUCUUCACGUUCACCGGGAUCAUCGACUCCGUUGGAUGCUUUGUGGCCACAACAGUCUUCGCCAAGUGGCUCCACAUGAGCGAUUGCCUAAUAGGUAUCAUAGCCAUUGGAUGCAAUGCAUUUACCUCACCCGUAUUCGCUCUGGCGUCGACGGACUGGGCGGUCUACGUGGUGUAUGCAGCAAGCAUCUUGGGCGCAGGAGGAUUCAUCACCAUGCGAGGCAUUGCCACCAAGCUUGUCGACACGGAGGAACUGGGCAAGGUGAUGUCAUCGCUGGCCGUCGUUGAAGCCAUCAUUCCACUCGUGUUCGUCACCCUAUACAGCAAGCUGUACAGCGCCACGGCCGAUUCGCAUCCCGGCGCCUACUUGUACAUUUCGUGCGGGGUCUACACGCUCGGGAUGCUCCUUUACUGUGCCAUCUGGUGGUUGCAGUGGACGGAGGCCCGGCAGGCCAAGAGAAGGAAGGAGAACGACGAUAUGAAUGGAGUUGCAAACGCGGCUUUUGAAGGCUCAUUCACAACAGACGUUGGCAGCGAACCUUUCGAAAACCGCGUGGUUCGGUUAUAAAGGGUCGACGAAACUAGCAGCGCGCUGUUACAAAAGACUGAUAAUAGAUCGUUCGCGGGGUAAGAAGAUUACCCUUGACGUAGAAUCUAUGUUAAAAGCAAAUUGGUUGUGGGAAACCACACUCCCAAUAUCCUACUGAGCGUUCUCUUCGCAAUAGUAACAGUAACCCCAGUGUUAUGACUGCGCAGCGAAGGUGAAGACUUCUCAGUUAAGUAUGACAAUUUUCGUCAUAUUUCGUACAAAUUUGUCUGUGACAGAUUUGUGUGGUGAAGUACUGAGAAUUGGCGUAGUAAUGUAAAGAAAUUCGUCUGUCGCUACUGACAUUAGAAACUCCAAUUUUUCCAUUGAAAGAUUGGUUAGUUUUCUGUCCAAUCUUUUGUCUAUAAGCAAUUGGUAACGUGCCAAAAAUGUUUCCAGUGCAGACACGAAUUUCACCCAAAUCCAGUAUCAAAAUUGCCCUUUACUGUUAAGUGUGCGUCUUGUGGCUGAAAAGUCACGGUGAAAAGGGCAACGUGCAUUUGAAGGAGUUUUCUUCAUUGUGCUCUGUGGGAAAAUUACAGUAAUAGUUUUAGGGGAAGGGGCAUGCUUUGUUAGCGAAAAUGAAAAUCUGAAAUUUACUUUUUGAUGAGCUGUAUCUAGUGAAAACCACGAUAAUGGUACGGGGCGUUUUUGUCGAGGUAGGGAGAGGUUGAUGGCAUUCAUGGAAAAACUCUGGAUACUCGAAAGUGCGUUUUAAUUGGUUUGUUUCUCAACCUUUUUUACUGACUUGCUUCAUAAGUUCUUGGUUACUCAGGAAUACAAAGUUAUUACGAAUAAAGUUUGAUAUAUAAUGUUUA